GGAGAGGCCUGGGCGCCUCCUCCCCUCUCGGGACGUGCGUCCGGGGAUCACUCCGGGUCCUGCUCCUCCCUGCCGGCGGGGGGGAGAAGGGGGACAGGCGGCCGUCCUCUCCGCUAUAAAGGGAACUGGGCCUCCGCGGCUUGCCUCAGCUCGCCUGGGCGUCCUCCCGGCUAGAGCUCCCGCUCCCGCUCCACUCGACCCUCUCGGGCCUCGGCUACUCGGGCUGCGGCGGAAGAUGGCGGCUUCGGCGGGUCACCCGGCUCGGGAGGCUCGGUCCGAAUGCUCUGAGGAGGCGCUGGCCGCUGCCUUAGCGGACAUGCCCGAACUAGCCCGACUUCUAGAGGCAGACCCGUACCUGAAGCCCUUCGCUCCGGAAUUCCAGCGCAGGUAUAAGCGGUUUAACCAGACUUUGAACAACAUUGGAGAGAACGAAGGUGGUAUUGAUAAGUUUUCCAGAGGUUAUGAAUCAUUUGGUGUCCACAGAUGUGCUGAUGGUGGUUUAUACUGCAAAGAAUGGGCCCCGGGAGCAGAAGGAGUUUUCCUUACUGGAGACUUCAAUGAUUGGAAUCCAUUUGCAUACCCAUAUAAAAAACUGGAUUUUGGAAAAUGGGAGCUGUAUAUCCCACCAAAGCAGAAUAGAUCUGUCCUAGUACCUCAUGGAUCCAAAUUAAAGGUUGUUAUUAGGAGUAAAAGCGGAGAGAUCUUGUAUCGUAUUUCACCGUGGGCGAAGUAUGUGACCCGUGACGGUGAUAAUGUGAAUUAUGAUUGGAUACACUGGGAUCCAGAACACCCAUAUAAAUUUAAGCAUUCCAAACCAAAGAAGCCAAGAGGUCUACGAAUUUAUGAAUCUCAUGUGGGAAUUUCUUCCUAUGAAGGAAAAAUAGCUUCUUAUAAACAUUUUACAUGCAAUAUACUACCAAGAAUCAAAGACCUUGGAUACAAUUGCAUUCAGUUGAUGGCGAUCAUGGAACAUGCUUACUAUGCCAGUUUUGGUUACCAAAUCACAAGCUUCUUUGCAGCUUCAAGCCGUUAUGGAACUCCUGAAGAGCUGAAAGAACUGGUUGACACAGCUCACUCAAUGGGUAUUACAGUCUUCUUAGAUAUGGUACAUAGCCAUGCCUCCAAAAAUUCAGAAGAUGGAUUGAAUAUGUUUGAUGGGACAGAGUCCUGUUACUUUCAUUACGGACCUAAAGGGAAUCAUAAUCUUUGGGAUAGUCGAUUGUUUGCCUACUCCAGCUGGGAAGUUUUAAGAUUUCUUCUGUCAAACAUAAGGUGGUGGUUGGAAGAAUAUGGAUUUGAUGGAUUUCGUUUUGAUGGUGUUACAUCCAUGCUCUAUCAUCACCAUGGAAUAGGUCAGAAUUUUUCCGGUGACUACCAUGAGUAUUUUGGACUACAAGUAGAUGAAGACGCUUUGACUUAUAUCAUGUUGGCAAAUCAUUUGGUUCACACGCUGUACCCAGAUUCUAUAACAAUAGCUGAGGAUGUAUCAGGAAUGCCAGCUCUGUGUUUUCCAAUUUCCCAGGGAGGGGGUGGCUUUGACUAUCGAUUAGCCAUGGCAAUUCCAGAUAAAUGGAUCCAGUUACUUAAAGAAUAUAAAGAUGAAGAUUGGGAUAUGGGCAAUAUAGUGUAUACACUCACAAACAGACGCUGCCUUGAAAAGUACAUUGCUUAUGCAGAGAGCCAUGAUCAGGCACUCGUUGGGGAUAAGUCUCUGGCAUUUUGGUUGAUGGAUGCUGAAAUGUAUACCAACAUGAGUGUUCUAACCCCGUUUACUCCAGUUAUUGAUCGUGGAAUACAGCUUCAUAAAAUGAUUCGACUCAUUACUCAUGCACUUGGCGGAGAAGGCUAUCUCAAUUUCAUGGGUAAUGAAUUUGGGCAUCCUGAAUGGUUAGACUUCCCAAGAAAAGGAAAUAAUGAGAGCUACCAUUAUGCAAGAAGGCAGUUUCAUUUAACUGAUGAUGACCUUCUCCGCUAUAAGUUCCUAAAUAACUUUGACAGGGAUAUGAAUAAAUUAGAAGAAAGAUGUCAUUGGCUUUCAGCUCCACAGGCCCAUGUUAGUGAAGAGCAUGAAACCAAUAAGAUCAUUGCUUUUGAGAGAGCAGGCCUUCUUUUUGUUUUCAACUUUCAUCCAAGCAACAGCUACACUGAUUACCGACUUGGAACGACAGUGCCAGGAAAGUACAAAAUUGUGCUAGAUUCAGAUGCAGCGGAAUAUGGAGGACACCAGAGACUGGACCACAAUACCGAUUUCUUUUCUAAACCUUUUGAACAUAAUAACCAUCCCUAUUCUCUUUUGGUGUACGUUCCAAACCGAGUGGCCCUCAUCCUUCAGAAUGUGGACCUACCAAACUGAAGAGAUCUGAUUUCAGCUCCAGCAAAGAAAGAUGUGCACUUUGUUUUCCCAUGCUUGUUGUCCCAGAGCUUGUAAUGUGUAAGCUUUUCAAAAUAUAUUUGUCUAGCCUAAAUGUCAGAUGUCUGAAAUUCAAUACUGGUUUUUGAAAAUGAAUGUCAAACUUUUCUUUAAGGCGGAGAGGGGAGCAUAUUUUUUGAAAUUUUGGAGAUCCUAGACUAUAUUUUCCAGCCAUCUGAACAGCUAGGAUCCUCAAAGGAAGUGUGAUAUAUCAUGUCUUCAAACAGUUUUGCCUUACAGGCCAAUUAUUUAGUCCUUUUAAGUUCAGAUUUGAAUCAUGUGUCACGUUUGAUUACUUCUGUUGAAUGUAUACAGCAUUUUUUUUAAGGCGGAUAUUUGGUGACUUUAUUUGUUCUGGUAUCUCUUGGUCUAAAUUACAAAAUACCAAGAUUGUUACUCUCCUUUUUCAAAUUGUGUUUAGAAAUACUGUAUAAGUAUAUAAUAAUAAUAUAAAACUAAGAAUUGUGUCAAAGAUAAAAGUCGUUGCCUGUGAACUCAUCCAUGCCUUAUUUUGCAUAAGUUUUACCUUGUGAUCUCUUGUUCAUUUAGUAUCUUGGUAGCUGCUAAUAUCUUCAUUUCUGAAGGCCUGACUUGGUAAUUGUAACAUUUCAGAAACUAUCUUUUACUUCCAGUCAAUAAAAAAAAAAAUUGGGAAAUUGC